AUGAUUCCCUUGUUGCCGCUGCUCGGCCUCACCAGCCUAUCAGGUUCAUUUUUUAAUCUGGAAAAUAGUUGAUUGGUUUUAAAAAGAACUAAAUGAGGACGAAAAAUUUAUAAUUAAACCCCCAGGCGUUUCGAUUUGUUGAAAGAUUCCGAGAAUCACUGGUCAAUUUACCUUCAAACAAGUACCUCUCCGCUUUUCCUCCGAAUGCUGUAAGCAAUGAAGUUUUAAAAAAGUUCCCGCCAUUUUUGGAAAGUAUGGAGGGUCUGUAAUACACUAUAAAUUCAUUAAUUUCGACGUUCCAUGAGGUUUUAUAAAAAGAUUUACCAGGGAAAAACGGAAUUCGAUGCAAAAAAUACUAAUUCAAGUAAGUUCGAGUUGCGGGAAAACCGCGGAAAAUAAUUUUCGGCUUUAUUUCAUACGACCUCAAGAUGUAAUACUUCCUAGCGUUUUUUCUAUUAAUUUUGAAUCAAAAUAAAAUCGUUAGAGAUCUAAAAAUCAUUUAUAAUCAAUCCAAAAAAAAGCCUCGGAUAGUUUCAGUCAAGUCUAAUCUUAUACAGAAUUCAAAUAGAUUUGCUUACGGGAGUACUUCAUUUCCUACAAGAAAACGCAUAAAUACAUAAUUAUCAUACGAGAAACGCAUUCAAAAACCGCGCAAAGCUGUUUUUUUUUUUCGAGCUCAAAUUUCCAUUUUUCAGCGUUUCACGUCGGGAUAUCACCGCCCUCCGAUGGAUUUUUACUCGUCCACCCGCAUCAAAAAACCAAUUUUUCAACCAUUUUCGUUCCGGUGAGUCAUUUUUCAAUUAUUUGGGGGAAUAAGUUGUUUUGAAUUCUGUGAAAGUCUAAACUUUCAACGUUGAACGUCCUCUUUUUAUUGUUUUUGUAAUAGUUUUUCUCUUACCUUCAAAAUUUCGAACCAUUUUUUUUAAAAAUCAGUACUAGUUUUUUUUUUUCAUUUUUCAAAGUUUGAACCUAUUUUAAAGGAAAUAUCUCAAUUUCUAAUGUUUCAUCUUUUUAUAAUUUUUUGUGCCCUCAGCAUCUCUCUUACAUUUUUUUGAUGUGUUUUUUUGUAAUUUCGCAGUCCUUUUUUUGAUUCAAAAAAAGUUCCAUUCGAAAAAUUUCCAUAUCCAGUGAAAACCAUCUUUCAGAGUAUAUCUUUAAUAAAAUGGACAUUGCCUGUUCAAAAAAACUGUUUCUCUAUUGAAAAAUUCGCUAAAGUUUUUUUCCUCAUGUUAUUCUAUUAUUUCUCCAGGUUUUUAAUAUUUAGAAAAAGCUCGGAAAAAUAUAAGGCUUUCUCAGUUUACUUUUUUGUCUGGCUUAUUCUUUUUUUUCCAAGUUAGUAUUACAUAAACCAGUCAUUUUCUCCAAAAAGACACUUUUUUGCCAACAUAAACAUUAGGGUUGUAUAAACGCGUCCUCGUUCAAAAAGAAAGCUUUUAGGCCUGAAGGAAGUCGAGUCUCUAAACAUUGCCUUUUGAAGGAAGUUGAGUCUCUAAACAUUGCCUUUCCUAUACUUCUCUGAAAAAGAAGGGUUUUUUGGGCUUUGAGGACACUUAUAAACAUUUCCUUUCGAAGCUUCUUUUUGAAGAGAUCUUGACCAAAAAUCAAUCACUUUCUCUGUCUCUCCAAAAAAAAAGGAGAGAACUGUCUUUUAGGUCUGCAUAUGUAUGAAAUAAACUUGUGUGAGAGUGAAGAAACUCUCUCUUUUUCAACGUCGUCUUCUUCUUGAUAUUUUCUCUCUCCAUAAAAUUGUUUUAAAAAUUGAUCAUUUUCCAUCAAUUGACAACUUUAUUGCCUUCUCUCGGCUAGGUAGACAUCCACUUCGGUUACAAACUAGGGGUUCAUUAUCAGAUAACUUCUUUUCGCGUCAUAUAACUCUUUGGAACAUAUUAAUAACCAAAUUAAAUUUUUCGUGCCACCCCAAAACUUUAAAAGAUGAAUUAUCUAGGAUAGCUGUUAGCGAACUUAUUAUCAACAUCCCCAAUCGUCUUUUAUAGUUUAUCAUUUUUUUUGUUCUUCUCUUUUGCGAACGGUCGCCAUGCUGCUCGUUAGGGCACCAUAUGACCUUCUUAGCUUUGUUGUCUGUCCAAUGUUAUAUUAUUUCCUUUCUAUCUGUAUCUUAAUUAUUUGCGUUGUUCUGACAAUAAAGAAAUAAAUAAAAAACUGUCAAUAUUACCAUUACAAAUUGAUUUAAAAUGCUUUUUUCUCGUUUCUAUUCGUUUCUCAGGAAAUAUGUCGUUUUAAAAUGUUUAGUUCCCUUCAUCGCUGUUAGUGAGGUUUGUUUAUUUUUUUCUAGGAUGACUGCCCAAUAUCGCGAGAAAUGCGUGUUUCGGUACGGGCCGGCGACAGAGAGCAUUCGAGUCGCGUCAUUCCGAAACUUCCUGUCCGAUGCUCCGUCCGCGUCUUCCUCGCCAAACGCGACGUCGACGUGGUUAGUCUACUUUCCAAAUUAUUCGAUCGAAGCGAAAUUCUUUCGGGCCGGAAAAAUAUUUUUAAAGUGGAAUUAAAAAUCAAAUUCAGCUUCGCAAGAAAGUUUAGGAACGGCUUUUUAGGUUGGUGUUAUUCAAAUAUUGGAGAAUGAGGGUUAAAUAUUCAUAAAACUAGGAGGCGCAAAGCCUUGCCCCUUCACGCCACCAAAAUGACGAUUUUUUUGUUGCAGAAACGGUUUUGAGGCGUUUAUACUAACUAAAGUCCCACUUUAAAAAUAAACUGUUUCUGUUAAACUAUGUAAUCGACAACGCUCUACAAGACUGAAAAAAACUUUUUAAACUAUGUAUUUUUUUCAAAAAAAUAAGCGAAAAAAAGUAAGAUUUAACACGAAAAAAACUGACAAGUUUCACAAAAAUCGUCGCGUUUCAGAAAAACCAAGUGAGGAACGCUUCUAAAUUUUAAGUAUGUUAUACAUUAACACUUUCUUUAUUUUUUUUGAAUAAAAAAAUUUAAAAAAAUCUAACGACGCGAAAAAAAAAUCGAAGCUUGUAAAGUGACACCAAACUUUGAAGCUGAAAUGCGAAAAAAGUUUCAGCGACAUGGUAUACUUUUUAUUUGAUUUAAAAAAACUCACAAUGUGUUCAAAAAUAAAAAUUCAGAAUGAAAAUAAUUAUUGGGACAGCGAAUCAAAUUAUAUUUGAGUUUUACCAAAAACCUCCUUUUUUUCGUCUGCCUCGAAAAAAUGGCAAUUUUUUUUGAAAUUUUGGAAGAAUUCGUGCAAGCAUUCGUAGCUGUGUUUGCGUCAAACACACCGAUGCGCCAUUUUAAAUGUUGCAGGAGCCGUUUUUCGGCGUCAAAUUGCACUUUUUCCUGUUUUAUUUCGAAAUAACAUUAUUUUUCAUUUUUUCUUUCUUCCAAAUCGAAUGAUAAUAAUUUUUCAGAUUAGAAAAACGAAAAAUAAGCUAAAAAUUCCUUCUGCCCUUUUUUCUAAGUAGUUUUUUGAUAUUUUGUCAAAAAUUCUUAUGAGGAUUGUACAAAAGAUUCAUACCAAAACAUGAGGCUCAGCUCGGACAACCUCUCAAAACAGAAAACCAAUUCGAAAACGGUUCAGAAAUGCGUAAAAACAUUUAAAAAGAAAGCGUGCGGCAGCGGGUAAACCGUGAGAUUUUGCCUCCAGUUGUACGCCGCGCGCGCUCGUUUUUUGGCCAUAACUUUUUUCUUAGUGGAGCUUUUUUCAAAAAACUAAACGGAUUAUGAAAAUGGACAGUCUCUUCUAUCGAACAAUGUGAAAAACAUAUUUUUUGGAUCGUUUUGAAGAAAUGGCUUGCGGACCCUACAUAAAACCUUUCACAAAGUUUCAAGCAUGGGUUUUUGACUAUUUGCUGUUUUUAAAAUUUUUUUCGGAGGUCAAAGAAAAAUGAAGCAAAAGGACCGAUUAAAUACAUUACAACGCUAUCAAAAAUUUCUAUAUUUCAAAAAAACAUUAAAGUUAAAGAAUGCAUGUAUAACUUUCCUCAUUACUAAAAUUUAUUUUCACUUUUUUUUCUCUUUCAUUUACUUAAUUGUCCAAUUUCUCAUCUGAUCUUUUAUUCUGCUCUUGCAUUUAGUAGCAGAUCUGCUUGAAAUUCUUUUCUCAUUUCAGCGAAAAUGACAUUUCUUGACAAUCGUAAAGAGCCUCAAAAUAUCUGAAGGCCUUUUUAGUUCCCAUUGUGGGGAGCAGUAAAUAUAUAUCAUUCUUUAUUGGGGGCAUUCAUGGCUGCUGUGAAAAGAAGGGAGACCUAUGAAGCUAAUCAAGAAAAAAGAACGAGAAUUUUUUUUCUAUUCAUUCUUCAUUAAUUAUUGGUUCUUUUAAAAAUUGCAUUGCAAUUAUUGAAUUUUUUUCGUAAGAGAGGGGUUUUUUUGGAAUGAUAAUCAUUAUGGUGAGCCGCUACAAAAAAAAGUGGAAAAAUUCAUGAUUUUUUGAGUCUUUUUUGUAAAAUAGUUUCAUAGUAUGUUCAAAAACAUAUUUUACUUCAAAAAAGCGAUCUUUUUUCAUGUAAAACUAUACCAUUGUGAAUUUUGAACUCAGCGUGUUUGAUUUUGAAAUUUUAUACCUGAAAUAUCCGAGAAAGUAAAGCUAGAUUGUCACUUGACACGAGUAACCGAUUUUCGGACCUCUAGAAAGCUCAAAUGUCAGAGAAUACGUGUUUUUUCGUAUUUUCAUUUUUUUGAUGGAGGGUUGAGGACUGCACUAACUUCUGCUGCAGGAGACAAGUCCAACAAGGCCAGAAAAGAGUUUUUGAAAAUGUCUCAACGACUUUUUCUUGACUUUUUUAGCAGAAAAAGAAGAGCUUCAGUACUGAAUGAUCAUUUUAAAACGUCAUAUUUUCAAAACGAUAAGAGUUGUAAAUUCAGUCUCAACUGAUCUGUACUGAAGAGGUCCUGAAGAACUUUUAUUCAAUUCUCCACUUUCUUUUUUCUAAACAAAACAAGUCAUUGGUGUUCUCAAAAUUGACUUUUCCUGACGAGCCAACGGGAAAUUCUGAGAGUCUCAACGUGUAUAAAUUCUUAGUUUUCCAGAAACAAGGGCCUCAUUUAGCGGCUUUCUUUGACUUUGAGCUGUCCUUCUUCGAAAACUAGAAAGUUGUCUUCUACAUCAAAAAUUAGUCUCAGCAGAAUUCAAGAAACCCCCUAAGGCAAAGAAAAAGGACCUUCCUUGUAAGAAAGAAAGUUCACAGGAACGACCGCACGUGGACGUCGUCGCGGCUCUGGACGGCUCCUUCGCCAAACACACGCCGCCGAGUCUCUGCGUCCACGCGAAGCUCUCCGCAUCGGCGGCAACUUCCGGUUUCACUCUCGAUUCGAACCAAAAAAAGAAAGAAAGAAGGGAUCUCAGAGGAGUCGUCACGAUGUGAGUUGAAAAGCGACGGCAACGAGAGCUGCGUCAUGCGGAUUCGAGUCCCUUUCGCCUGGUUCACCUACGAAAACAACGUUCGUCCGAAAUCUUUUUAAUGGAAUCCGUCCACUCGUUUUCUUUCUUAUUUAGAGUAUAUUGCGGAGGGAUUGCUGUUUUAUUGUAAGUUAAGAAGUUUAGGGAAAAAAAUACGACGAAAAAAGUCAAAAAAAGUUUUAAAGUUGACAAAGUUUUUGCUCAAACUUUUUUCAAUCGAAAAAAAACGUUCAUCAAAGGAUUUCAGACUGUAGUUGCCUCCUACUCCAUCGGGGAAACUUGUGAAGACGCUCUGGACUUCUCCGGACAAGUUCCGGUUGUCCUGAACCCGCUCAUCAGACAACCGCAGUCAAGGCCAUUAGCCACUCAGCCGCUGUUGUGAACUUAGACCUUUCAUAAUAGUUUCUAACUUGAGUUUGUUCAGCAACGUGACCCUGGUGACCAGCUCGAACUUGACGUUCACCGACAACUCCCUCCAUUCGUUGUUCGUCAACUUCAGCAUCGUGGAAACUCCUCAACCUGUGGAGAUACGGUGAGCUCUUUAAUAAUAAUAAUUUACUCAUCCACAAAGUGAAAAGAAAAAAUAAGUUUAAGAACCGGUUUUAUGUCACCCUCACGAGUGACUUCACCGGAUAUGACAUACAAUAGAUUUUCACAGUAAAUAGAAGUACAUGUAUAAGUAAAUUGAAAUUUGUCUUCUUUUUCACAGGUUAGAAUAUAAACAGUAUAAAAAUCAAAACAGUAUUAUUUGCCGAAAAAAACUCUUUUCUUUGGGAAACCAGAGUUGCCUCCAUAUGGAUUUUUUUGGUCGAACCCGUAAGCCCAGUAAAGCUUAAGUAGUCACUAUGGGGUUUUCUAGUUUUUGUUUCAGGUUUUAAUUACAAAAAGACUAUUCUCUUUAAAUAUUUUUUUAUUCAAAUAAAGCUAAUUUUAUUGAGUUUUCCGUAUGGAGCUGCUUCUUCUUUAACAAUAAACGACUAGCAGGUCGCCUACAGGGGCCACUAACAAAAGCCCCUAUAGAGGCCGUUUUUGCAAGCUGUAGUCGCCCCUUUAGAAGUGGCCCAGAGGGGAGCCUUUAAGGCCUUCUAAGGAUGCCCCUACAUGGACCACUCUGAAGUUCCGCAGUUUAGUAAAGCUGGCGUCAUCAAGUCUCGAAAAAUUCACAACAGUUCGGGCAACACUUUGAAAACUUCAGAAAGAUAUAAAAAAGAAAAAAAAAGGUUUGAAAUUAAAUAAACAAUCGGUCCAGGUUAUGGAUAGACUCACGGCUCUCGGUCCACAACGUCUUCCCAGCUUCUUCCGAUUGGUCGAUCCGAGUCACUUCGGCCCUCCGACCCCUUUUCUACACGUCUUUCCUCUGCACUCCACUGACUAACGCUACAAAGUUUCCAAUAAAGUUAACUCAAAGAACCGAAAUUGUCCCCAGAUGGGAAGGCCGAGUGAUUUCGUUGCUGCUCCAAAUGAAGCCGACGCAAGUGAUUCACGACGACGUCGUGCUGCAUUGGCACGUCAGAAUGUCGCCCACGGCGUCGGAAAAGGUUCGAUUCGAAUUCACCAGAGCUGCUUCUGAGACGGGUUGCCCUGGGGCACCCUACGAAUGGGAUCACAUUGUCCAAAAAGACUCCUUUUUCUUAAUAUUCGCACUAGUUUUUUUUUUUACUUAUUUUCUAAGUUUUACUCUUUUUCAUCUUUGCUCGUCUGGUCGCACUGGGGCGUCUUGUCGGCGUUUCUGGAGCUCAUAGAUUUUCCAAUAUCGAAAGCAAAAUUUCUGUUUUCACAGCUUCGGCGUUUGCUCACAACUGUAGUCUUAAUUGAAAAAAAAAUUCAUUUUCAUCCGCUUUUGAGUUAUUUCACAGCUAAUAAUAAGCCGUCCAAAAAAUUUCAAGAAACUAGGGCCAAUUUCAGAGAAGUUGUGAUCAAAAUAUCAAUUUCAAAUUUUGUGGCCAGUACUAAAAUUCAGUAUUUACACAAAACGGACGACAGUAGACUAAAAACUGUCUCUUUUUCGUUUCAAGCAAUCUUUCAGCUGUCUCGAACACCAAAUUGUUUGGAAAAAAGUUUUAUUUUUGCUUUGAAAUAGAGAACUAAUUGAGAACAUGAUUUUUUCUGCAUUUUUUUACUUCGCAUUCAUAGGGUUUUGUUCUUGAUACAACACUUUUUGAUCAGUCAUUUCUGAAACAUUAAAUAUCUAUUUGUACUUUGCUCUUGUUGCAACAUUUUUUCGAUCCCGACUCGUUUAAAACAAAUAGGAGAGUAGGAAGCUCCUACAGAGCAAAUUUGAUUUUCCAAUGAAAACAUUUUUUUUUGGUUUUUCCAGUUUUUCUCCUUUAAAAACUUCGAUUUCAGGACAACGAGGACCACAAGGUUGCGACCAAAUUCGCGGUAGUUCCUGACGAAACAUGGACCAUCGCUUUGGUCCCAAAAGUACUUUCCAAAUCAGAAUAUUGACCAAAACAUCCAAUUUCUCAGAGAAAUCAGAUAGUCAACACGGCUGUGAUUUCUGGAGAGCAAGUCUCGGUGAAUAUGCGAGUUUUCGCCGUUUCUUUCGGCGGCGGCGUCCGGGACAUCACUGCGGAGAGCCAUUGCAUCUCCAGCCAGUCGAACUUGCUCAAAACCAGCCCUACUUGCACUACUGUUCGCAGACUCAUUAUAAUCAGUUCUUUAUCAAUCAUCAGGUCUAUGUCGAUGGAUCCGAAGUUUCUGGAGGCACUUCUGUCGCCAUCUACGUUCAUUAUUAUCGCUGGACCUCGGCUUUCAGCUUCAGAGUCUGGUUUCCGAGGAUUCCUAUCACAGUGAGAUUUUGGUUAUCUGAUAAAUCCAAAUUUAUGAGCUUUCGAUCUUUGUAACAUGGGUAAGUUAUUUCGAGGACCCUCUGAAGGAGCUGAAAACGUUCCGACAAAAAGGCCGAAAAUAGUUGGAGAUAGUCUGUUGAGGAUCCUUUUUCAUAGCCUCACAGGAUCCUUUUGGAGCCCUCUGGAAUCUGUUUUAGUUGUUUUCAACCUUUUUUCGGAUUUGAAUCACUAAAAAACCUCUCAUUUCAACGAUUUUUUUUUUUUGAAGAUUCGGACCUUUGUAGCGCAAACCGGACGUUUUGAGCAUUUCAAGAAUUCACUUAAGAGGACUGACGACGCUAAAGUGGUCACUAGAAAUGCUCAGAAACGUUUAAGUCACGUCCAGCUUGCGCUACCAAGUUCCGAAGAUAUAGAUUUGCUCGAAAAAAAAAAUAAAAUCAACAGAUCUGGAUGAGCGACGCAGUGAUCCACGGCGUCAAACAGUGGCGAACGGCGACUUGGAAAGAACUCCGGACGUCGAAACUCCGGCGGACGGCCAAGCAGUUCUCCUGCGGACAGCGGUUCCAGCAGAAAAAGCUCAAAGUUCUCGCUUCGAUGUGGGUCGUCGACGAGAGAAACGGCGAGCAACACUAUCUCUCCACACACAGACACAUGCUCCUUGACGUCACCGCCAUCUCCAUCAACUCGUCUGUCGGACUCUGUAGAUCUCAUGGAGAAAGAUUGAUUCAGACUUCACAUCGCCAACAAAUCCGUAGCCACACUCCGAUUCGUGGAUGGGAAGGUGCUCCUUUCUGGAGAGUCUUUCGGAAAUUCAAAGUUAGACCUAAAGAUUGAAGAGCGAAGGGUGGUGGUAUCGGAAGUUGAAAAAGAGUGCAAUUUUGGCUUCCUAAUCGAGUUCUCGAAGUUUGAAUAUGUCAAUGGACGAAAAAAAGAUUUUCGGCGUCUUUCAGGUAUCAUGAUUCAUCUAACCUGGGAAUGGUCUCCACUCGCAGUAGGACUUCUGGGUUAAACCAAUUUUUUAAGAGUAUUUUUUAAAUUUGAUCAGUAUGGUUUCCCAAACCCCUGAGGAGGUCUGUGAAUAAAGUUAUGGACCUCAAAAAUUCAAAAUUUCAACGUCUCCGAUCGAGCUGAUUUUUUGGAGGAUCCUGUCCCAUGGGUAAAACUUGAAAAAAAGUUUUCGAAAGAAAUUUUCUGGAAAGAAGUUAUUACAAAAGAUUUCCGCCAGCGUUGGGACCGAUUCUGUGACCUCUCUAGCCAGGUAGCAGGUCUGAAGUUUCUCUUUUUCUGGAAAAUGAUACCACCACCUUCUGUGUUUUCCAUGAAGUAAAGAAUUUCUUAUUCAAUUGGCAAUUUAUUAGAGUUGUUCUCCGACGAGCCAGCAAUGCAAAAGAACUGGCGAGUGAAGAUUUCGUCGUCGUCGCGGAAGAAGCGAGUAUCGUUGGAUUCUCGACCCACGCCGUCUGUGAUAUCGACGUCGACGUGGCCGCCGUUCCCUUCACGGCUUCUUUCUACAACGUCAGCGUCCUCAUCGAUCGGAAUCUCACUAGGCUCUAUCAGGUGGAUAAAAUGGCAAGAAAGUAUCGAGUAGUCUGUUUUCAAGCGGGGUAAUGAAUGCGUACUGAAACAUAAGUGCCACAAGUUUCUAAAAUUUUCGAAAAAAAAGACGUUUCCAAUUUCUUUGGCUACAGUUUAAAAGUAGGAUGCUGUACAAUUUCUAGAUCGUUAUUGUCCCACAAAAGGAAUCGAAAAAUCUUUUUUUGGAACAUGGUCACUAUUUCUUCACUGGAAUGGCGAACUUUGAGGAGCUAUAAAACGACCGAGAAACAAAAAAAAAUCUAGAGGCUUUAUCUUCUAUUCAUACGUCAGCUGGAUUCAACCUCAGGGUGCGGUCUACUCCCCCCGUCCCAACGUACGGCCUACCUCAGGGGCUGGGAUCCAGCCGAUGUAUAGUUCUAGUUCUCAAAAACAGACUGUUUUAACAUUCAUUGUAAGAGGUCGUGACAGAAAAUCAUUCGAAUCUCAGCACUGCUCCCUGCAAUCGACGCUGAGCUACUCGGACGGCUCGAUUGAACGUCUUGACGACGUUCCAAAUGACAGUGUCAUCGUCCAGGCCGUCUCUAACGAUAGGGCUCUCGCUGUGGCGAACGCCAACGGCAAAGGAGUUGAACUUAUUGGUGAGUUUUCAGCUGGGACAUUUCAGAACCCCACUAGUUUGAAAUUAUGCGAAUAGUGGAGGUUAAAUGGAUAAUUUAGAAAAGAAACUGUAUGUUUUAUAAAAGUGGACUUUUUUUGUUGGCUUAAUUAUAUAAAUUGUAAGAGUACCGAUGGACUUUUUUUGAAAUUUAAGGAAAAAUUUAGAAUAUAUUCAAACCCAGGCAAUAAAAAAAGGGUAUUAAAUACUGAUAAAUGAAAAAAAGGUUCUGUUUUAAAUUUAAAUUUCAUACACCUUUUUCUGAUAAUUUGAUUUUUCGGCAUUACAUGAAUCCUUUUCUAGAAUAAAGCUAGAAAAAAGUCCUGAAAUGCCCUCUAAACUUAAAAUUAAUUUAAAAAUCAAUCGAAUUAAAGUUUUUUUCAGCGAUUGAAGGAAGAUCUGCCGAGUGUUCUGUGGAGAUUUCCCUUUCCGGAGCCGAAGAAUGCGCUCAAAGUUUCCCGACUCCGUUCGCCCAUUCUGUUUCUCUUGUUACUAUGAACAUCGCUUCCUCGAUUCCAAUCAGGACAGGUUCCUCCAAUUCAUAAACUUACAAGAAAAGAAAAAUUGAAUUAAGAAACUUCAACCGUUUCCCUUACCAACCCUGACUUUUCUUCGAACAAGUUUAUGCUCUUCGUUUUGAUUGGAUUUCUAGUUAUUUUCGUUUUCUACCGACUUCUUCGAAAGUACAGCGCUUUCAAGGGGUGAGAAUCCGGGAAAAUGAGGGAAAAUCGGAAUUUCCCUUCUAGAUACGAGCAAUUAGUAGCGCCGCUGAUCUCGAGACUUUCCUCGACGUCUUCUUCGGCCGGUCGAGACGAAGAUACCAACGAGUGGGUCUGGCUGAGCAGCAGUGCCGAGCCGACCAGAUCUACAUUAGGUGGGUGUUUAGGUACUCUAAAAAAACGAGUCUUAAAUCAUUAGAAAAUAAUAAAUUUUUUUAAAGAAAUUACAAUACAACUUUCUACUUCACAGUGUUAAAAAAAGAAAGAUCAAUAAUUUUGUCCAUGGAGCACGAUCACUCCGCGAAAGAUAACCAAAAAUUUUUUUAGGCUUAUUUUUUUCAGAACCGUUCAUUUUUUUUGAAUAAACUUUCGUAGCCUUGCCAAAAAUCAGACAUUCAAAAAGCAUCUCUUAAAAAAUAUUAUUCAACCUCGGAGAUUCCUCAUCGAAGCUUUCUAAACAUGAUAGAACUUUAUAGUUUCCUGGUUUUUUUGUGACACACUUCUUCAAAAAAUAAAAUCGAUAACUCUAACUAGUAAGAGUCUUUUCAAAAUCAAUAGAUCAUUCUCUCAUGCUUUGGAGGGGAGCCCAGCCGUGCUGACACGGGCUCUUACCGGGUGUACCCGGGUUAAACCCGUAAAAGCACAGUUUUCGAACUUUCGUAAUUUUCUACAACAGCUGUGGCACCAUUUCAGUGAAGUUGGAUCCAAGGAUUUUGAAAUAAACACAGCUGGGUCAUUGAUUUUUCUUGCACCCGUUUUCCCCCCUUUUAGCCCGACUCAGACACAAAUAGCCUCAAGAAACACGAGAUAAAUACGGGUGCACCCGACCAGCAUGAGUUUUGAAUCUUUCAGGCUCCGCAUACUCCUACGACGAAUACUCGCAAGAAAACAAAAGGACCCCGACUUCCGGAUCUCCUUCUUACGACGACAACACCAAAACCAGCGUUUCUUAUCGUGGCUCGGAAAUCAGUGUGUUCAUCUCACCGACACCUGUCGUUUCGGUUCAGAAAACUAUUAUUUUUCAAAAAAGGGAACAAUUUAGGUGAACAAUGCGCCUGAAUCGACGGGUGGAAGGUUUCGAUUUGCUCGGCACGCUCUCGUUGAUUCCACUUCUGAUCAUAAUCUCGCGAGGGUUGUUUCUCGAGGUGUGACUUUGGGAAAUAUCAUAUGAAAAACUAAAAAAAAACCGGGAGAAAAGUGGUUAAAAUUUUUCUAGGUUAAGUGUGCUCUGUGGAAAAAGUUGAAAUGCAAAUGGUUUCUGAUAAAUUGGUGUAAAAUAUUAUUUUCUAAUUUUUAGGUCAUCUACAGUUAUACUCUUCCGAGAGAAACACGUUGAAAAAUAUAUUCUAGAUUAAAUUCACGGCAAUAAAUUUUUGUGUUUGCCAUGGAGCGCACAUGAUGAACUAUUUUGAGCCUAACUAUAUGUUCAGUUUAUUCAUUGCUUAAAAGUCAUCAGAAAAAAAUUUAGGAUAAGUUUUAAAAAAUUUAGACGAGAUGCGUCUCUCUUCUCCUGGAUAUAUCUAGCUUCUGAUGGUUCUAGGCUCAGAACCACCUUUUCUAUAUAGCUAUAUGAACUUGUUAUUUCAAAAAACCUUUUGAAGUUUCUUUUUCAGUCCAAUUUUUCCCAUAAUACUUCAAUUGAGAAAUAUUCUGAACCAUACUUAAAGAUCCUCAACUUUCUACCAAACCUUUUUAUUUCUUUUCUCUGAAUUUCACUGUUUCCAGACGAUUCCUGGAACGACCAUCACACGUGGACAUGGCGCAAACGACAAGAUGGCGUGCAACGCGAAAGUGUCGCGUAA